AUGGCGCCAUUUUCGAAGCCCGAGACGGUCCUCAAGCAGGCAGAGGGUCUCGUCUCUGUUGGGCAGUCUCACGCAGCCCUGCAGUCACUUACAGAAAUGUUCUCCUCAAAGCGCUUCCGUUCCACCCCGCUCGCGUCUCUCGAACCCAUCAUGCUUCGGUUCGUCGAGCUGUGCGUAGAAAUGCGCAAGGGCCGUACGGCCAAAGAAGGCCUCAUGCAGUACAAGAAUAUCGCGCAGAACACCAGCGUCGGCUCAAUCGAAGUCGUCAUCAAGAAGUUUGUUGCGCUUGCAGAUGCCAAGGUCCAGGAGGCGCAGGAGAAGGCUGAGAAAGCCGUUGCGCUCGUCGAUGUAGAUGACCUUGAGGCGAGCGAGACGCCCGAGAGCAUUUUGCUUGGGGCCGUCAGUGGAGAUCAAAACAAGGACAGGACGGAUAGGGCGCUUGUUACGCCCUGGCUCAAGUUCCUUUGGGAGAGCUAUAGAACGGCUCUUGAAACUCUUAAAAAUAAUGCCAGACUGGAGGGAAUCUACCAGCAAAUCGCACAACAAGCCUUCAAAUUCUGCUUGAAGCAUCAGCGCAAGGUCGAAUUCAGACGUUUGUGCGAGACACUACGUCUUCACCUUGCAAACGUAGCAAAAUAUGCACACCAACCGCAUUCUAUUAACCUUGGUGACGCCGAUACGCUGCAGCACCAUCUUGAUACACGUUUUGCGCAGCUUAAUACAUCCGUCGAGCUCGAGCUCUGGCAAGAAGCCUUCCGUUCAGUCGAGGACAUACAUAAUCUCCUUAAUAUGGCGAAGAAGUCACCUCGUCCAGCUAUGAUGGCGAACUAUUACGAAAAAUUAACUAGAAUAUUUUUGACGAGUGGAAAUGCCUUGUUUCAUGCCGCGGCGUGGGCGAGGUAUUACUCUAUUGUCAGGUCCGCCGGAGGGAAGACGGACGAAGAAUUAAGUAGACUGGCAGGACAAGUGCUCAUUAGCGCGCUUGCUGUCCCUGUUGGUCAUGCGUCUGAGGAAGAUGAAGUCAGAGGGAGGACCGCGCGUCUUACAGCUUUACUCGGUCUGACUAAGACACCGACACGUACUGGAUUAUUGAAAGAAGCGUUAUCACGUAAUGUGCUUAGACUUGCCCCGAAAGUCGUAAAGGACCUCUAUAACAUCCUAGAAGUGACCUUCGACCCGCUUUUACUCUGCAGCAAUGUCGUCCCGCUUCUCAAGGAUCUCUCCUCAGAUCCAAACUAUGCAUCGUAUCUCCCACUUCUGCAACGCGCCUUGCUGAGUCGUCUUCUCGCACAACUCGCACAGGUCUACUCAACGAUGGAGGUCUCGCGCCUGCUAGAGCUCGUUACACCUCUGCACGGCUCAUUUGAGGGCGCAUACGAGGCACCACAGGUUGAGGCAUUCCUUAUGGCAUGUGCGCGUAGUGGAGAUUUACGCGUGCGCAUCGACCAUGCUUCGGGAAGCUUAACGUUCAUCGAUGAGGCUUUUGGGAGCCCAGUUGCUGGCUCGAGUACGGCGAUUUUGAACGCGUUGGAUAAGAGCGUUCAACCCUCAGCGAGUGAACUUGUGCGUACGAGGUUGAGCAGUGUCGCGACGUGUUUGCAUAAUGCGUUAAUCGCUAUUAACCCACCUCCCUCCGAAGCGGAGAAAGAAAAAGAAGAUAAGGAAAAACUUGCUCAGCUCGUGGCCGUUGCCAAUGCGGAGCGUAAAGCCUUACAAGUCCGACGAGCGAUUGUUGCUCGGCGUAGGGAGCUUAUUUCAGAGUUGAGUGUGCGGAAAGAGAAGGAGGAAGCAAGUCGACGUGCAGAGGCGAGUAGGAGGGAGAAGGACGAGGCUGCGCGUAGGGCAAUGGAGGACAUGAGGAAGAAGCAGGAAGAGAGGCUGAGGAGGGAUAGAGAGAACUUCGAUAAGGAGGAGGCGAGGAAACUCGCACAAGAAUUAAAGGAGAAGAAUAUUUUGAAGGUCGAUGUGGACGAUCUCGGAGAUUUGAACAGAGAAAACCUCCUUUCUCUACAAGUCCAACAAAUCGAAAAAGAAAAGAAAGAUCAAUCCGAACGGUUGCGUAUCAUCGCCAAGCGACUCGAUCAUACUGAGCGAGCCUUCCGAAAGGAAGAACGGCCCCUCCUCGCGCAAGACUAUGAGCAACAGCAAGUUGACGAUCGUCGCGCAUUUGAAGAAUCACAAAAAUCCCGUCUCGAAGCUGCCAAGUUGGCGCACCAGAUGGACCUUGAUACGAAGAAGAGGUUAUCGAGGAUGAUGGAUGACUAUAAGAAGCGGAAGGAUGUGUAUGUGAGUCGACGUGGAGAAGAGUUUGUUAAGCGAAGGAAGGAGGCGGAGAGGAAGGUUGAAGAGGAGAAGAGUAAGAGACGCGCGGCGGUUUUGAAAGCGAGGGAGGAGGAGAGGAAGAGGGAGGAGGAGGAAGAGAGAAUUAGGAGUGAGCAGGAAGAAGAAGAGAGACGUUUAGAAGAAGAACGCAUAGCAGAAGAGAAACGCCAACUCGAAGAAGAAGAGGCUGCCAAGGCCGAAGCAGAGGAAAAAGCCAGAAAGGAAGAAGAACAGAAAGCCGAAGCGAGGAGGAAGCGCGAGGAAGAACGAAAGUUGGCAGAGGAACGUGCGAAGUUACAAAGGCAGAGAGAAGAAGAAGCAGAGGCGCGGUUAUUGGCUCGUCGGAAUGCUCCUCCACCUUCUUCCCAACAACCAGGAGGAGGAAGAGCAGACUCGCCUGCAGGGGCUUGGAGACGUAGUGGUGCGACUCCUCCUGGGGGAGCGACACCUACGCGUCAGGCAAAUGCUACCCCUCCUCCUCCUGCAGUGGAAACACCUUCGACGGCGGGGAAGUACGUUCCUGGUGCGUUCAGACGUGGUGGUGCACCUGCCACCGCUGGUACUGGUGGGGGAUGGCGUGCGCGUGAGGCUGCGAGAGCUACUACUGGAGCUGGGGCGGUGACACCGGAAAGACCUGCUUCUCCUGCUGUUGGAGCUGCUGCUGCUAGUGGAGGAGCUGAAGCGAAAGAGGGAGGGAGGGAUGAGGAUGGGUUCCAGACUGUAUCUGAGAAGAAGGUGUGGCGACCUACGAGGGGAAGAGGU